AUGGGCCUAUGUGCCGUGGUUUACUAUGUGACUACAACGAUAAUGGCUGUGAUCCUUGGGAUCAUCUUGGUGAUCUCAAUCCGGCCAGGAACCUCUACUAUCAAAGUGGAACGUGAAUCUGGCAACCUAGAAAAGGCUCCGAGACUCGGCACGUUAGAUGCUAUGUUGGAUUUGCUCAGGUAA